AUGGCCGUGAUCAUGUGUAGCGCUACCUGCUGCUGCGAAACCGGCAGGACGCACCAACCCGUGGUGGUCCUCCCGCCCGAAAUUUUCGACCACAUCAUCGAUUUUCUCUGGGACGAUCCCAGCGCACUCGCCGCCUGCAGUCUCACGUGCCGCACCUGGCUCCCGACCACCCGCUUGCACCUCUUCCGCAGCGUCACCCUCGGCGGCGCACACCACUGCGCCCAACUCAAUGCCCUCCUCGAUGCCUCCGCCGCCGCCUCCACCGGCAUCCCGCGCUACAUUCGCGAGCUCUGCAUCCUCACCCCGUGGAUGGACGAGCACGGGCACCUCAACCACCUCGGCCAGGGGCUCACGCUGCUCCUUCCCCGCCUCCGCGCCGUGCAGCACCUCGCGCUCGCGAACGUGCUCUGGAACCCGUCCUUCAGCCCCACCACCAAGCAGGAAGAAGAGUGCUUCCUCACAUUCUCCCCCGCCGUGCGCACCCUUCGCCUCAGCUUCGUCGACUUCGAGAACCCGCACGACCUCCUGCGCUUCCUCUCCGCAUACCCGCAGCUCCGCACGGUGCACAUGUCCAACGUGAGCUGGGGCAGCAACGCGGGGUUGGGCGCACCGUCCCCUGUUGUGGUGCCAGAGCUUGGCGCCGGCGAAAAGGCGAUCCGAAUCGAGGACCUGACGAUAGUGGACACGGGCCAGUUUCAGACAGCCGUCGAGGCCAUGGCGUCGCUAUUCCUCAGUCCCCGCUUCGACCUGCGUCUGCGCAGGCUCCACUGGGGCGUGUACGCGUUCGCAUCACGGGGGCCUGGCUUCAAAAACGUACUACGCAGGGCCGGGACGCACCUUGAAGAGCUCCAAAUCGCGCUGUACUCUCUGGACACCGACGCUGCGCUCCCAGACGACGUCACACUCGCGCACAACACGCGGCUCGCGUCCCUGCACAUUGUCUCCAACACGUUCGCCGGCGUGCGCUGCCCGUGGGUGCCCGCGCUGCUCUCUACGAUUGCCUCACCGCGCCUCUCGCAGAUCAUCUUCACUUUCCUCGGGACGGUGGGAGUCGACUGGGCGCACGUGGACGAGUCCCUCUCCCAUCUCCCCCGCACGCUCCCGCGUCUUGUUGUCACAUUCGGGAUCCAUGGCGGCGAAACGGUCGACGCUAUUAGGUCGUCGUUGCCGCGCCUGAGCGCGCGAGGCACACGUCUCGAUAUCUCUGUUUGCUGA